CAAAAUUAUAGUCCUGAAUAUAGUAUAUAAAGCUUUCAUUUUACCCAUAUCUUCAUUCAGUUUGCAUUCGUCGUUUUAAACGGUCUUAACAGAACUCGUAUUUUUUUUACACGUUCAAAGUACAACACCAAACAAACCACUAAAAAUGUCUUCCAAAUUGUUUGUAUGUUUUGCUAUUUUCGCUUUGGCCGCCGUCGCCUUUGCCGCUGAACCAGCACCAGCCAACGACCGUGUAAAGAAAGAUGCUUACGCCCCAGCCUACGCUGCCGGUGCUUACCCAUACGCUGGAUACGGUUAUAACUACGGAUACGCCGCUUCCCCAUACAACUACGGUUACGCUGGUGCUUCCCCGUACAGCUACGGAUACUCUGGUGCAUCCCCAUACAGCUACGGUGCAUACAACUCUUAUCCAUACGCUGGAUACGCCAGAUCUGCCUACAGCGGACACUAUCCAUCCAACUACUACAACAACUACAACGGAUACUACCCAUACGCUUACUAACUUCGCCAUAGACAGACUCCAUUUCGAUCAGAUAAAUCCAGUGUUCAUUCUAAUGAAAUACCAUAACUCAAUGUUGUGUCUUUUUUUUUGUACAUUAUGUUUAGUUUUCAGUUCUUAAAUACAAUAUAAUUUUUUUUUUCGGUACAAAAAC